AUGGCCGGUUCCUCGAAGAAAUCUGGCGCUUUAAAGCGCAAGGCUAGCAAGGAGGCCGUCGCUGAAGACCCACCAAAGAAGGCCAAGGCCACUCAAGCCUCCGCCCCCAUCAUAGCCUCGCCUGUCUCUUCCCGUCUCUCUCUCCGCCAACGUGGGCAGUCUGCUCCCGCUUCCACCACCACCACUACUACUACUACCACUACUACUACUACCACUACUACCGCCACCACCACUACCGCCAACACUGCGACCGCUGCGACCGCUGCUGCUGCUGCUGCUGCUACCGCUACCGUCGCUUCUGCUGCCCCAGUCGCUCUACCACCACCACCUCCAUCAACUCAAGGUUUCCUUCCCUCUCACAACCUCACUGGCAACGGCCAAAACGUAAUAAUCAUGGCCAACAAUGAAGGAGGUCUCAUGACCAUGAGUGUUGAUUUUGGACCAAUGGGCUCUCGUCAAAUGGAGGAUACUUCAGAGAGCGAGUCUGACGCCAUGGAAAUUGAUGAGGACGAUGAUUAG